AUGUCCCCACUGUCGUCCCAUGCCCUAUGUCUGGUGCUGCACAGGCCAGCAAUCCCCCAGAGAUGCUCUCGCAGAUGGCUGCAAGUAACCCACCAGACCCUCAUUUAUCCAAAAAGGCCCACUUCUGCAGAAACUGGGGAUUUUGAGAGAAGAUGCUGCAUCUGCCGGCUGCGGGGAGCCUCGGUCACCUGCUGGGGCCGGUAUUGCCCCCGAAACUUCUACUUCCCCUGCAGCAGCAAGCAAUGAUGCAUUUCCCAGUUUUGGGGGGAGUUCAAGUGCUUCUGCUGGAAGAAUCUGCCGGUGCAGCAGGUCCAGGCAGCGCAGUGGGACCAGACCCCCUGCCUCAUCUGCCAGGAGGCAGUGGCGGGGCAGCCCUGCCCCUGCUGCGACACCCUGGUCUGUCCCACCUGUGCCAGCGCCUGGUUCCACCACCACAGCAUCCAGCGCCAGGCACCGCGCGCUGCCCUGCACCACUUCUGCUGCCCACUCUGUCGGGACAUGUCGACCUUCCAGGUGGAGAUGUUUCGCCUCGGCAUCAAAAUCCCAACAG